AUGAAAGGUGUCUACGUUCGAACGGCUCCUUUCAGGUCUCUUAUACAGGAUGACGGUGAAAAGGACUGGGACGCUACAUCGUGUUCCACGUGCUACCUUUCUGUCCUCUACACAUCCCUCUUCAAUGGCGCGGCAUGGGUUCAAACAAAACAAAGUUUUGAAAACGUCAAUAAGCAAACUUCCACCCGAUCUCCUCUUCCGACUCGGCCCUCAUUAGAUGUCACCACAAACACCAACAGUCUAGAGCGAGGACCAUCUCUCGGGUUUCCGGAAUGCGUCUGUGUUAACGCUAAACUUUGUCCUCCUGGUUUGCCCCCUUUAUCAAUCCCUUACAAAUCCCCUAUCUUCAGCUUCAGCGACCUUAGCUUCACGCUGAUAUCGGCCAAUCGAACUGGGGAGAAGCCAAAUUCUGAAGGAUACCUCGAAACCCAAAGUCUCAGAGUUAGCCGUCUCUCAGAUAAUAUGGCCUUCCUUACGGGGGUACUCAAAUACCCUUAUACUGCUCGGUUACGUCCCAAUACAACUUUACAAGUAUUUACCGGCAGGAUGGAUACACCUGAACAGAUGCCGAUAUCAGUAUCUUGCUCUAUUAAAGCCGAGUAUCUACUCGAAGAGAUCUGCUUACAAAGAGCAUUCGGUAUGUUUGAAGACGGAAGGUUUUAUCCGGGCGGCAAAUCCAUCAUUCCAAGCCUGAAGAAUCUUCAGAGACUAGCAGAUGAUACAUGGCUAUCAUUUGGCGUCAGCAAAGACGGGCGCAACUUCGAUAUUCAGAAAUAUCCGGGGUGGUUUUGGUGA